AGCCGACUCUUUUUAGUGAGCCGAGCCAAAGGAACCGGUUCUCUAAAAAGAGCCGGAAUUCCCAUCACUAUAGCGCACUGAAUCAUGGGAAACCCGCUGACCGACCAGAGACCGCACCUGCUCCAGGGGCACACCUAUAUUAGUUAACGUACACAAGUCAUAUCAUGUCACCUUAUUUUAUCUGCAGAAUAAUUUACUUCACGUGUGUUAUAAGUCUACGUUGCGUGGAGCCGAAGAACAUCUAGAGGACCAAAGUAUCCCUUAUUGGAUCCUCCGUUGGUGACCACUCUCCAGCCUGUAGUGUCUCAGUCCUCCGUUGGUGACCACUCUCCAGCCUGUAGUGUCUCAGUCCUCCGUUGGUGACCACUCUCCAGCCUGUAGUGUCUCAGUCCUCCGUUGGUGACCACUCUCCAGCCUGUAGUGUCUCAGUCCUCCGUUGGUGACCACUCUCCAGCCUGUAGUGUCUCAGUCCUCCGUUGGCGACCACUCUCCAGCCUGUAGUAUCUCAGUCCUCCGUUGGCGACCACUCUCCAGCCUGUAGUAUCUCAGUCCUCCGUUGGCGACCACUCUCCAGCCUGUAGUAUCUCAGUCCUCCGUUGGCGACCACUCUCCAGCCUGUAGUAUCUCAGUCCUCCGUUGGCGACCACUCUCCAGCCUGUAGUAUCUCAGUCCUCCGUUGGCGACCACUCUCCAGCCUGUAGUAUCUCAGUCCUCCGUUGGCGACCACUCUCCAGCCUGUAGUAUCUCAGUCCUCCGUUGGCGACCACUCUCCAGCCUGUAGUAUCUCAGUCCUCCGUUGGCGACCACUCUCCAGCCUGUAGUAUCUCAGUCCUCCGUUGGUGACCACUCUCCAGCCUGUAGUGUCUCAGUCCUCCGUUGGUGACCACUCUCCAGCCUGUAGUGUCUCAGUCCUCCGUUGGUGACCACUCUCCAGCCUGUAGUAUCUCAGUCCUCCGUUGGCGACCACUCUCCAGCCUGUAGUAUCUCCGGCGCUCCGCUCACUCCCUCCGUUGCUACUGAAGUUACCAUUAGCAACUGGGCAGCGCCCGGCGGAGCACCUACAACCGCUGUCGAUGUUGUCCUGGUAGAUUCAGUAGGUACAAUAAGCUCUUCUGUAUUUCCAGAGCUGUAAAGACCGUGACAGACAAGUGAAUCGUAGGCUGUUGGGAUGUUUGUGAGGCUGGCCAUGGUUAAUACGUAAGGUCGCAGUGAGUGGCACUGCCAUGUUGCCAGGAGUCGGUGUUUUUGGCACGGGGAGCACAGCCCGAGUGCUGGUCCCAUUGUUGAAAGCUGAAGGCUUUGAGGUCCAUGCACUCUGGGGGCGAAGUGAAGAGGAAGCGUGCUGCUUGGCAAAGGAGCUUGGCAUCCCAUUUCACACCAGCCGAUCUGAUGACGUCCUGCUGCACCAAGAUGUUGACCUCGUCUGCAUCUAUAUUCCACCCUCAAUGACGAGGCAGAUUGCUGUCAAAGCACUGGGUAUAGGUAAGAAUGUUGUGUGUGAGAAAGCUGCAACAGCUGUGGAUUCAUUUAAGAUGGUGACUGCAGCCAGAUACUACCCCCAGCUGCUCAGCAUUAUGGGUAACACCCUGCGCUUCCUGCCAGCUUUUGUUGCAAUGCGGCAGCUGCUGGUGGAGGGAUAUGUUGGCGAAAUGCAGGUGUGCGAUGUUCGAGUUUAUGGCCCCAGCCUCCUGGAUCAGUCGUACGGCUGGACAUGUGAGGAGCUGAUGGGAGGAGGCGGUCUGCACACUGUUGGCUCUGCCAUCAUUGACCUUUUAAGUUACCUAACCGGUGCACGAGCCCAUCGUGUUCAUGGCUUGCUGCGGACCUUUGUACAACAAAAUGGCUUGAUCCGAGGCAUCCGCCGUGUCACCAGUGACGACUUUUGUUUCUUCCAAAUGUUGAUGGGGGGAACUGGGUCGAGCUCUGGUGGCGUGUGCUGCACUGUGACCCUGAAUUUCAACAUGCCAGGGUCAUUUGUGCAUGAGGUAAUGAUAGUUGGAUCCACUGGGAGACUAGUUGCCAGAGGGACAGAACUGUAUGGUCAGCGCAAUGGGAGUAAAGGUGAGGAGCUGUUGCUAGGCGACAGUGGGUGGGUGGGACCAGAGGUGAAAGAAAUGCCCCUGCCUCACCUGCAGGGGCUGAGCUCCAUGGUGAAGGCACUGAGACAGUCUUUUCAGGCUCACGAGGAGCGCAGGUCGUGGGCACGAGGACCGGUUGCCAUGGCACCAACAUUUGAGGAUGGUCUGUAUGUGCAGACAGUGGUCGAGGCAGUGAAACGGUCCAGCUGUAGUGGAGAAUGGGAGUGUGUUGAGAUCAUGAGUCAAGAGCCUGAUCCGAACCACAACCUGUGUGAGGCCCUGCAGAGAAAUAAGAACUAAAUAUAUUUAUACACCCAGUGCAACUACUACAUGUGUCUGACGAAACUGGGCUCUGAAUGUGUUUCCUUUUAAAUCUGCUGCGGAGGCAGUUUACAUCACUAUGACUACUUUUUGCUUUUUCACAUUUUGAGGAGAAUAUUUUGGUUAAGGAAACAUUACUGUGUUGUGGAUGUUUGUACACUGAACUUGUUAACCACAGCUCCAUUAUUCUGAUUCUCAACAGAAAACAUUAUAGUAGCUCUAUAUUAAGUUUAAGUUGGUCAAAAUCUACCUUUGUCCCAUUGACACGUUUAUUACCUAUACCAUGCCAAAAAGAAGACACAGUACUUAUUCUCACUGAAGCUUGAAGUCAACACUGCAAGUUUGCAAAUAAGGUUGAUAUACGUCACCACACCCACGUCAAAUAUUGGCAAAGUCAAAAAACUUGUUUUCAAUGGAUGUCUGACCAUUGCCUUUAUUCUCACCUGUAGAAGCUUAUCUGGAUACAUUUUCUGUAUUUUAAGACAAAUACAGGUUGUUGUAUUUUACUGAUAAUCAGAGCUAGAUCAAUCAUCUUUGUGAUUGAACAAGAGCACAGCUCUUCUUGAGGUAUGCCAGAGCAUUUUCAAAUAUUUCUUCUUUUAAUGUUUUUGUUUUUUUUGAAGAUUCAGGCCAGAAAAGGUGAUAGAUCAAUAAAUUGUUGACAAGGUAUCAGCACUAUCAAAACAAAGUGCAUAAGCAUAAUACUUUCUUCUAGUUUUGGGUCUUGAAUUGUUGAGAAUCACAAGUUGUUUUUUUGUUUUUUUACUGUAUCGUAAAUGAUCACUUAUCACUGUAAGUGUACAGUCUAACUGAGAAAAAAUGUAAUCUCUGUUGUUCAUAACAUUAAGAUGUUGAUGUUAAUUUAUACCCAACCCCAAUAGCACCUUAAUCUGAAAGAAAGUGUUUGCCUCAGACAAAGCAUGAGGAUGAUUUGACUAACAAAAUACUUUGACUUUCAGUGUGGUGACUGACAGAAACGAUGGUUCAUUGGAGCCCGAUCUCUGUUUCAGAUUGAAAAUAAUGGAGCUGUGCAGAGUUUAGUUUUAGUCUUUAAGUGUUCGAAUGUGUAAUAAUAAGCAUACAUUUAAAAAGUGGAAGAAAUUGCAAGAGGGGCUUGUAGGUUUUUAUGUUACGGCAUGCUAUGACAAACAUAAGAUACCAGGGAUUGAGUAAAAUAAGCUAUGUAGAAAAUAGAGUAAUAAAGUCUAAUUUGUAACAACGCCCCUCAAAGUCCCCAAAUGUCAAGGUGAUACUUCUGCUUAUCUUCACUCUUUUGUUUGAGUAUCACUUUUACACUGUAGGCUAGAAAAGGGAAGCUUCCUUCUUCACAGACAGCCACUGUGGUGAGCUAGAAUUCAUGUAUGAAUUUCAGUGGUGACACAUUUUAAAGUGGGGAAAAUUGUAUGUUCAUCAUCAUCAAAUAUACUACUACCAAAUAAAUACACAACUUCAAUAAGCUUCAAAGAGAGUGAAUAGUAAUAUAUUGGGUAAACAUUGGCUUAUGGACAUAUAGGACAGAGGUGUAAUGGAUUAGACUUCAGAAGGAUGUUUGGUACCUGUUUACCUCUGUGAAAACGUGUCACCAAUAGUAAUGAAUAUAACCUUUUGUAACUGACUGUGAAGAAGGAAAUUACCCAUUUUUAACAGCCACCUGUGAAGCACAGGGAGAUGCUGAAAGGGUUGAUUUUAGGUGGAGUAUCACAUUAAGUCUUACAUUAGCAGGAACAGGCUUGUGUCCUAGAAAUUACAGAUUAGUGACCUUUUAUUGUUAAACUAAUAAAGUUUUAGAUACAAAGCCUGAGGGUAUUUGACAACUAAAUGAGUUUAAAAUGUGUGUAAAAGGUUUGUUUACAUGUGCUAACCAUUGAAGUAAUUUUAUGUUUUUUAUAAGAUUUUUUUUCAUGCAAUCUAUGCAUUUAAAAUUAGUAGAGGGCCACCAUCAUCCUGAAACUUUACUGAUCUUUUCAUUGAGUAGAACCACUGGAUUGUGUGAUAGUAUAAAUGUGUGCCUCUAAAAAGCUCAGACCAAGAGAAAGAAGUGUUAAACAGUUUACGGUUGUUGUAGUCACUCACUGCAUCUCAUUACUGCUUAAUAUCUUAAAUAAUGCUCCUAAUGCAAAGACAGGAGGCGUUUAAGACCGAAGCAGUUUACUGGUUUGAUUUGGUCUGUUCCCUUCUUAGACCCACGCAGGAUCUGCAGAUAAGGAUACAUACACAUUACAUGCUUACCUCACGCUAUCCCAACAGUGCUUUACAAAAACAAUACAUCAAGUUUACAUUAAGUGUCUUUAUAAAACUCAUCACAUUUGCUUGCAGGAAGCUCCAUAACCCGCUACUAUUAAAAUACAUUCCAACUGAGUUUUCACCUUCUUGUUAACAGAUGGUUUUUUUUGCACUGAUAACUGAUAAAAUGCCACAUAUUUAAUAUGCAGUGUGAUAUUUGUACCAGCCAACUCACUGCAAAAAGAAUUUAACAUUUGUCUGUAUAAGUAAGACUUUUUGUAUUUAUUUAUGUCUUGGUGUGGAGAAAGUUUUCCAUUGUUUUUUUUUUCUGUUCAGUGUUUGUGUUUUUUCAGCCUGUCUGUGAAUUUCUGUUUAAAGCUGUAAUAUUUAAAGUGUUGUUUUAAUUGACAAUAUGGCUUUUUGAGCACAAUGUGUUGCAUUUAUGUUGGGAAGCUGUUCUGUUAAUCUGCCUGACAGACAAUUCCUUUAAUAAAUACAGUUGUAUUAA